AUGUCGACGACAGUGUCACCAGACCGGCCGAGGUCCGGCCAAGUUGUCGGAGGCGACCAGGACAAGGACCAUUCAUCCGAGGCUCCGCGAACAAAGCGAUGGGCGCCCAGAUCCAGGACAGGUUGCCUGAGCUGCCGUGCGAGGCGCGUCAAGUGCGACGAGGCAAGACCCAAGUGUAAGAGCUGCCAGAAGCGCAACGCCAAGUGUCAUUAUGAGUUGAAUCCGCCAGGCACGGGCGCGUCCUCGGAUGCGCUGCCCAGACGGAGUGUUCAUAUCCGGCCAAAGCCUGCCGCGACGGUGUCCUCGGAUAAUAGCGCCGGCCCCGUCAAGUGCGACGAGCCGCCGUCAGCUUGUCGGCGCUGCGUCUACUCUGGCCUCUUGUCACCAGAACCAGAGACGCUGCACGAUUCCGGAGAGUCGCACAAUUAUACCACCGCAUCAAUAGCCGUCAGACAUGGCGGCACUCAACAAUAUCAUGCCGCAGCGCUACCCUUAUCCACCUCACAAGCUCAGUCUAGGCGGCAUCAACGGAGACCUGCGCGAAGCCAAGACAUUACUCUGGGUGCCGAUAUCCUUCCUCCAGAUUGGUAUUACUCCGAGUCCGUAACAUACUGCAAGUUUUGCCCACUUCCCGGCUUCUGUUGCGUUCAUGCCGCGAGAACCAGCCUGUUAAUUAUAGCACUAGUUAAUACAUAUCUCCUGUGCAAGAUAUCAAAAUUCGAGGCCAUUCCCAUCAAGUACCAUAGACCCCUCGGGAAGAAUGUGGCCAACUAUGAUGCCUUUAUUGCCUUUAUCCUUGCCUACCGUAUCACGCAGAUUUCCCACGACCGCGGCAAUUUGGUCCAGCCCAGCGAAGCGUACCGCACCAAGCACUUGUGGGAACGCCUCUACACGUGCAUAUCAAAUCAGAUCACCUGCAUCAACGCUGAAAUCGCACGUCCCGAUGCCACCGAUGCCGCCAAAAUCAGGGUCUUGACCCGGAUCCAGGGCAUCAAGUGCGUCGAGUUGAUGCUGCAAUCGCCGAUUUGGAGGAACCACAUGGAGGGGUUCUUGUCGCUGCUUCGAUUCUGUGGUGGCGCCAAAUUUGCACAAGGACAUGAAGGGUUGAUCAAGAAUAGCAAGGGAAUGUUAAUGGAGGCUAUCCUCGCCAACUCUGUUGCCCCGCCAGAUAACCAGAUCCUUGGCACAUCCGCCUUCACAACUGAGGAACUGCUCUUCUUCCACGGGCAAAUCCUUCAUCCGAGCUUUCCCUGCCCUACUUACUUGUUUGAGGGCAUUAUUGAAACGAACAACCUGCGGGUCAAGAUGCAUUCCGACCCGUCGCUGGGGCACUUUACGGCCGCACUCACCAUCCUACAACGCAUCGACGCGUUCCAACCAACCGCCUGGACCGAGGCCGCUUACGAGCUGCCUAACAUACCCGAGGUCCCUCUCAUGGCCAGCGUGUAUCAGCUUGCCGUCGGCUUGUUCUGCCUGAUGGCUCUUCAAUACGCCGGGCUAGGGUCCAUGGAUAAAGCUGAGAGACGUAGCUCUCUCCUUGCCUUGCUCAAGGCAGCCUGGAAGCUCGAGCAUUGCAGAGACGCGCUCAACUGGCCGCUGGCAGUCGCUGGGUGUGCCCUCGCGGAUGGUGGCACGCUGUCUGACCGGGCAUUCAUCUGCCAGUGUCUCCAAGACGCCGCGCAGCAUGUCUUUGCUGUGCAUCCGCUGGUCAUCAUUGCGAGGCUCAGGCGGUUCUGGACAUCGGGCAUGACGCACUGGGAUAAGUGCUGGGAUGAACCCUGUCCGAUUAUAGGAUAG